CCGCCCCUUAACGUGACGUCAUUCCUACCAACUCCACUCUGGACCCAAACAUGGAGAAAUACCAGAAAAUCCGGGUGGUCGGCAGAGGAGCCUUCGGGAUCGUGCACUUGUGCCUGAGAAAAGCGGACCAGAAACUAGUGAUCAUCAAGCAGAUCCCGGUGGAGCAGAUGACUAAAGACGAGCGCCUCGCCGCACAGAAUGAAUGCCAAGUGCUGAAACUGCUCAAUCACCCAAACAUCAUAGAAUACUAUGAGAAUUUUCUGGAAGACAAGGCCCUUAUGAUUGCAAUGGAGUAUGCUCCUGGGGGCACAUUAGCCGAAUACAUCCAGAAGCGCUGUAAUUCACUAUUGGAUGAAGACACCAUCCUACACUUCUUUGUCCAGAUUCUUCUCGCUCUGCAUCAUGUGCACAACAAACUCAUCCUUCACCGAGACUUAAAGACACAGAACAUCUUACUGGACAAACACCAGAUGAUCGUGAAGAUUGGAGACUUCGGAAUAUCAAAGAUUCUCAGUAGUAAGAGUAAAGCCUACACUGUUGUGGGAACCCCCUGUUAUAUCUCUCCAGAACUGUGUGAAGGGAAACCUUAUAACCAAAAAAGUGACAUCUGGGCGCUUGGCUGUGUCCUCUAUGAACUCACAAGCCUUAAGAGGGCAUUUGAAGCUGCGAAUCUGCCUGCUUUGGUGCUGAAGAUCAUGAGCGGGACAUUUGCCCCAAUAUCGGACCGCUAUAGCCCAGAACUUCGGCAGCUAAUUCUUAGCAUGCUCAACUUGGAUCCUUCCAAAAGACCACAGCUGCAUGAGAUCAUGGCUCAUCCCAUCUGUAUCCCUGCACUUCUUAACCUGUACAGUGACAUUGGCAGUGUCAAAAUGAGAGUGGAGAAGCCUCUGGCAGCAAUGUCUGCAGUAAAUCGUGGACGGCCAGCUGGCCGGAUCCCCAGCGCCAGAUCCCGCGGUGGCCGUGUGGGGUAUUCUCCUGCAAAGCCAGGUAUUCCUCCCCCUCUAUCCUCUGUGUACACUUGGGGUAGUGGGAUCACCACUCCUCUCCGCCUGCCAAUGCUGAAUACAGAGGUGGUCCAGGUGUCUGCAGGCAGAACUCAAAAAGCCGGAGUCACCAAGUCUGGGCGGAUUAUCAUGUGGGAGGCUCCUCCGGUAGGCACUGGAGCUCCUUCUCUUCCUGGUUCUAUAGAGCAUGCACAGCCACAGUUCGUUUCACGCUUCUUGGAGGGCCAGUCUGGAGUUACCAUAAAGCAUGUGUCGUGCGGUGACCUGUUUACGGCCUGUUUGACAGACCGGGGUAUCAUCAUGACAUUUGGCAGUGGGAGCAAUGGUUGCUUAGGACAUGCCAAUUUCAAUGAUGUCACUCAGCCUAAGAUAGUCGAAGCUCUCCUGGGUUAUGAGAUAGUUCACGUGUCCUGCGGGGCUUCACAUGUUCUUGCCGUUUCCAAUGAGAAAGAAGUGUUUUCCUGGGGCCGCGGGGACAAUGGACGGCUCGGCCUUGGGAACCAGGAGUCUCACAACUCUCCUCAGCAGGUCGUAAUUCCUCAGGAAUAUGAACCACGAAAAGUGGUUUGUGGCAUUGACAGCUCCAUGAUUCUGACAGUGGGCAACCAGAUCCUGGCCAGUGGCAGUAACAGAUUUAACAAGUUGGGCUUAGAUCAAAUCUCAUCUGUCAAUGAGCCCCCUCCAGAGGAUCAAGCGGAAGAGGCCUACACCUUUACCCCUGUACAUUCGGCACCUCUGAACCAAGAAGCCAUCUUGUCUGCUGAUGUGGGCACUUCUCACUCUGCUGUAGUGACUGCCCAGGGUCAGUGUUACACCUUUGGUAGCAAUCAACAUGGGCAGCUGGGCACUAGCACGUACCGUCAUAGUAGAGUGCCCUACCCUGUGAGUGCACCGCAGGGAUUAAAGGUCACAAUGGUGGCAUGCGGUGAUGCCUUCACUGUAGCUGUUUGUACAGAUGGCCAAGUCUUAACCUGGGGAAAGGGAGCCAGAGGACGAUUAGGACGCAGAGAUGAGGGAAUCGCGGUCCCAAAAAUGGUUCAACUCGACGAGAGUCACCCUUACACAGUGACAUCAGUGGCCUGUUGCCAUGGCAACACUCUUUUAGCGGUGAAACCUGGCAUAGAAGAUGUUCCUGUGUGAGAGAAGAACGUCAGGAGAGAUCAAUUCACUUGUCCAUGAGCCGUAAGUCUUGACAGACCGAUGGCAAAAGCUUCCUCCAGUAGUCCUUUGUAUUCUGCGCCUGCCAAAUAUCUGGAUGGUUUUAUGUAGUGAGCAGUUUGUUACAAGAGGAUUCAGCCAAAUCCUAUGGCAGCAGCAAUAAGCAAGAUCAAGGUAAAGAUAUUUCUGUAGAUUUCCAUAAAAUAACCAGCGGUCAUGAGCCUGACUGCAAUGGGUUCUUGGAACAUCCUGGAUAAGCCGGUCUACCAACAUUUCCAAUGCAAGUCAUUUUGUAAACACAUAUUAUGUUUAUCUACAAUGCAUCAUUUUGUUUUGAAACUGUAGAGGUCAGGCAGCGACAAAUUGACUCUUCUUCAUGCUCCGUAUGGUCUUCCUCCCCAUAUAUUAUGACCCAUGAUCACUGACUGUGGACCCUUUUACAGUGAAGAUCGGCUCACUCAGCUGCUACCCCCCUUCCAGUGCGGGCUACCAUUAAAGUUAAGUGGCCUUUCAAAUCAGAUUAACAUUGUCCGAAUCCACCAAUUUCGGCAGAUCAAGACAACAUCUAAUAUGUACGAGAGUCUCUUAAUCUUUCCCCAGCAGCAAAUGUCAGGGGGGUCAGAAAAGCCUAAGCAGUAGGAUCUCAACAACUUCCAUCCCUUCCUGUUCGGACGGGAGGUAAGCAGCCGCCAGAGGAGUUUGUCAGCAGCUUACUCUUGUCUUCCAAUUUAGAGCACAUGUAUUCUUAAAGGGGUACUCCGGUGGAAAACUUUUUAUUUUUUAUUUUUUUAAAUCAACUGGUACCAAAAAGUUAAACAGAUUUGUUAAUU